AUGGCCGAACAUGGAAGACAGGUAGUGGGUGGUCAAGGAUUUCCAGAGAGAAGAUUGUGGGAUGAAUAUCAAAUGUCAAUGGGGACAGUCCAAAUUAUUAUUAUUUUCAGGGUAGCUUCCCAUACUGUCCACUUCUGUGGGCACUGUGACAAAUAUGGUCGGAGCACAGUUGUAUAUGGUGUACUGACACGACAAGGAGUUGAGUAUAGAGCGAUAGCAUAUGUUGCGGGAGGUGUAAUGGGAGUGGAAAGCCCCAAAAUGAACGCCAUUGUUUAG